CAAAUCAGACAAGAUGGGUCGCGAAUUGCAAAAGAAGAAAAACCGCUCGUCGACGUCCAAAGUGACUCAAAAGGCAAAGUCGAAGAGAAAGUUGUUGCAGAACCCCAUCAUUGCAGCCAACUGACGCUCAGCCAAAACUACCGCCGCCUCGGACUGGUUUCCAAGUUGAACCACCCCACUGGUGGUGUUGAAAAGACGUCCAAGACAUUAGUCGAAGCCGCCAAUGGCCUUGCACCCGAGCCCACGCCCGACAACCUCAACAUCAGCACAAAGUUGCCUACCACCAUCAACAUCUCAGAAGUAAAGAUCAGAAGAGACCCCGAGACUGGUGCCAUUCUGGAAGUCUUGGACCAGAGAAAAGCAAACCCGCUGAACGACCCUUUAAACGACAUUGAGGACAGCGACGAUGAGGGCUGGCAAGGAUUUGUGAACGAGCACGGUGUUCUGGAUGGAGCAAGACAGGGAGGUGAUGCAAGAACCGAUGUGGUUCGCCAACUCGAGGAACAAGCCGCACGUCCAAUCAAGAAGGCUCCCAGAAAGCAGAGCGAUCGCGAAGAAGAAUGGAUCGAGCGACUGGUCCAGAAGCACGGCGACGACUACCUCGCCAUGGCUCGCGACAUGAAGCUCAACCCUUUCCAGCAGAGUGUUGGUGACCUCAAGAAGAGAGUCAAGAAGUGGAAUGCCAAGCAACAGUCA